CGCGCAAAAGCACUUUUGAACAAGAACAGAAUAUCGUAGACAUCCCAGUGACCCAGUCCUCCUCCCCACUGCCUCUCAGUGUCAUAGGUCGUUGAAAUAUAAUCCGUUGGCUUCAAAACAACAAAGUAGAAAGGGAAAGUUAGAAAGUAUACUGCUUGUAUUGUAAGCAUCAUAUACCACAUACGCCAGUAACCUUGUGGAACAAAGAUUUUUGAUAUUCUGAUAAAUACUCGCCUCACAACACACCGACCGGCGGAUGUACUUGGAGGCAUAACGUUGUAAGCACAGAAGAUACUCAUAUAAAGUCGAGACAUAGUCGAUAUUAGAAAUUUACAAUCAGUGUUUAACUUGAACGAUUCAGUGUGUAUACAAACGGUUUCUGAUUGAGGCACAUGGUACGCAAAGUUGAAUCCAAGUCAGCGAGCAAUGUCUCAGCGUGGACGCGGGCGACGGAAGCUGUGCGUUGCCAGAACCUCGUCACAACUACGCAAACCAUCACCGUUGUACCAAUUGGGUCGUAAACGGACGGAGGAUCGGGAUUUUUCUGACUCACUGACCUCUAUUGUGGCGAAUGUGCUGACGGAAGUACCCACGAAGACGAAUUCUGUGCCGUCUGUAUUAUACGAAGGGCAUUCUGUCGAUAGUCGUCUCCAUCUGGUCGAUGGUGACUCUCACAGCUUAGAUACCAAUAAAACAGCUGACGAAUGCGCGCUUGAGUGCGGGCUCGAGACGUAUGCAACACCUAACGCGAGUGACACUCACUCCAUGGCUAGCGAAUCUCCCGUAGAUACAAAUCAGCUGUUCAGACAAUCCGACGUCGCAUGCGAUCUAAAUGAGUUACGACCGAUACCAGAGGCCGAUUCGUGGAUGGCCCUACUUAGCAAACUUGAGGCCGAGGCCAAGUUACUACCUGACGAUGUCGCUGAAAUAGAAUUGCCUCCAGUAAAAUUCGAUGGAAUAGUUGAUGAGGGUCAUGCUAUGAGGCUUUUCCGAGAUGAUAUGCCUAUAUUUGGACAAUAUCCUCUGUUCGACACGCUCUUGACUGUCAGGUGUAGACACUGUGACGAUGUUGUGAAGGAAUCAGCUUUCAUUUCUCAUAUGGUCCAAUCCCAUGCAGAUAGGUUAUCGCCUCCGCACGCAGUCAAGUUCGCGCACUUGGCACUGCCACCGAUUGGACCACCAUCAGCACGACUUCUGGGUAGAAAGCGCAAAAAGCAUUGCUUCAUAUAUGUACUGAAACGCACGCGCGCCACCCGAGGUCUACUGGAGGCGAACAAUAUUCCAGCCGAAGCAGUCACGGACUCGGACAGAGACUCGGACGUUGAUAAAGACACAGAAGCACUUCUGCGUGCACAUGCUUACGGAUGUGUCUGCGUGCACGCCUUGUGUACAUGCCUGACUGUGCGGAAGAAGGCCGUUCGGGGCAAGCGACUGAAGUAUGAUAAGAACGAGUGGAUACCACGACGUCAGAGCUCGCGCCUUCAGAAACAAAACAAACCACAUGAAGUGCUGCGAUGAGCACAUUGUACAAGCGUAUUGAUAGGUGAUAUGCUACCACUAGACCUAGCUUGCACUCGACUCAAUGCCGAUCUGACCUGGUACUUGAGAACUGCACGGACUCAUGCUUCAGGUGAUUUAGGCCAUGUUGUGCGUAGAGGUCGCAGCCAAACACGUCUUGGAACAUAUUAUCAUAUUAGUAAUUUUAACGAGCACAGCAUCACAACGUGGUCGAUUUCUCCGAUCCUUUGGAUCAAGCGUCACCUUUUGUUUGCGCACAUUGCGUUUUAACGGGCACACCUUCACCUCAGCGUCGGAAGGUUUCAGGUGGGAAUACUGCCCUCGGUGCUUUUGCGAUACUUUCACAUUUCAUACGAGUCGACAAGUUUUAAAAAGCUGAGUUUCCAAUUCUGGGUAGGCAUCGCCGAGCGUCCAGACAGGCUUUCCCAGCAUCGGCAUAAUAGUUGACAUGUGGAGUCCAUCCGCUCGAUGAUAACAACAGGGCAUAAGCCUGUUGCACUUCCAUGGAGGGUGAUAUAAGCCUAUUGUAACACGCUCCAUGAUCAUUGGACGGUGGUAUGUGUAGUCAAAGUGGUCUUAUUGCGCUCGAGAAGGAGGAUCGAUCACAAGUGCUUGACUUACAUACAUUGCUAAGUGAGAUAACCUACAUCCGCCUUCGGAGAAAAUGAUCAUAGGGUGGAAAUGACCAGCCUAGACUGUUAUUUAAGUUAGAAUCUUUGGCUUAGACACGGGUAGGGGGCACCGUGCAUGUUUAACUCCACCACACGUAAAGGAGACACCCAAUAAAUGAGCACGCUAGACUGGCGUGCCAACUGUUAUAGAA